AUGAAUCAAUAUUGGUUUUGUGCGGUCGUGGCCUUCGGUUGCGCACUCGCCUUCUUUCUAACUUCUCGCGGUUUCCGCAAACGGGUGUUGAGGAUCCUCUCCGGAAAAUGUGAGCUUCAGCGCAUACUUGAAGAAAAUCGCGAAGGAUCUGGACGAACUCUCGCAUUCGAAAGAUCACUUUCCAAUUCAAAAGAUCCUAUUCUCAGCAGCAAUCUCAGAAAGCUGUCCCUUGAUCUUUAUGUGGACUAUGCUAUGGAGAUAAAGGGAAUUAAAGCUGCUCCGGGUUUCGCAGAUGCAUUUGGUCUGGCCGUCACGCAGAUUCGUGGGUAUCAAGAUGUUUGUGAUAAAUGCGAAUUCUUACGUUCGACUGCAUUUGACGCAUCGGAUGAACAUCAUUUGGAUAUUUUGAGGGGGUUGUGGAAAUUCUUGCUUCCAAACGAGACCUUCGAGCUUGUGAGCAAACGGUGGUCUGAUAUUGGAUUUCAAGGAACUUGUCCGGUCACCGACUUUCGUGGAAUGGGUCUUCUUGGCGCCCUUAACCUGUUCGGUUUCAGCCACAACUUUUGA